ACUAACAAAAUCAGUCCAGAGCUAGUUUUACCUUCGGACUUGCUUUUGUGAAGAUUGUUGUCGAGCUUAAAACAAAAAAAGAAGAGGAAGAGAGAGAGAAAGAGAAAAUAUAAAUAUAAAGGACACGACGCAAUAUAGUUUUUUACUUUAUACAAUAUUUCAGUAUUAUGGCUGAGGAAUCUCCGCAUAGAGUUAGAAGAGAGUCGUACCUUCCUCCAGAGAGAUCUAGAAUAAGUCUCGGAGCUCUUGGCAAAGGUGAAGGAUCUGGUAUGGGUGGAUUUGGAGCACUUACGAUGAUGAAACGUAAAAUAUCCAAAUGGCGUAUGACGAAGGGAGGAAGAAGUUCCGUCUCCAGUAAACAAGCCCGUCCGCAAAUAAAAAUGGAAAAUACUUUUCGUUUGGAACCGAAUGACGAACAACGCUUCUGCGUUCACAGAGUAAAACAACCAAUAGAAGAUUCUAUAAAGCUUUUCCUGGCGCAGACCAACACUUACAACGUGAAGAAAUGUUCGUCCGUAUGCAAGUUUCUAGCCGAUGACGUUAAGAGAAGAAUAAAAGAACUCGGCUAUACAAGGCACAAGAUUGUCGUCAAUGUAGUACUAGGACAGGAAAAACAGCAAGGGAUUGAAUACGCUACAAGGUGUUUGUGGAACAUUGAACAUGAUAAUUAUGCUACAGUUACGUUCCGACACAACGAUUUGUUUGCUGUAGUGUCCGUCUUUGGCGUUUAUUACGAAUAA